AUGGUCCAAGCAAAGCAAUCAGUCUCAAGCACUGAUCCAGAAGUGUACAACGAGUACGCUACGAAAUGGUCGUCUUUACCCCAGGAUGAAGCUGGCUGGCUCCAGAGGGCUCGGGAGGCAGCCGCAGUAUUGGAUCAAGAUGCAGCCGCCAGGGAAAGGGAGAACAAAACCCCUCGAGCCGAAGUCCAGCUGCUGAAACACGCUGGAUUGCUCAAAGUCCUCGGUCAUAAGAAAUAUGGUGGCGGCGGUCAACCCUGGAGCGUCGGCUACAAGGCGAUACGUGAGGUUGCCAAGGCAGAUGGCUCCAUAGGCAUGCUGCUAGGCUAUCACCUGCUAUGGUCAACCACGGCAAACGUGGUAGGGACGGAAGAACAAGCAGACCGGUUUCAGAAACUCAUCCUCGAGAAUAACUACUUCAUCGGGGGUGCUGUCAACCCGCGCGAUUCAGACCUCAAGAUAACGUCUGAUGGAGACCACAUCGUUUUCAACGGUUCCAAGCACUUCAACACCGGAGGUGUUGUAUCGGAAUUAACGGUUUUGGAGGGCGUAUUGGAGGGGACACAGGACCACAUUUUUGCGUUCGUACUUACUGAGCAGGAGGGAAUCAAAUUCAAGUACAACUGGGACAAUAUCGGUCUCAGGUUGACAGAGUCCGGAGGCGUCACCAUAGAAGAUGUCAAGGUUCCAUGGUCAGAUGCGUUGGGCUGGGAUGCUACAACGAAGAAACCGGACCAGUCUGUGCUCGGAAUACCCUUUGCCGCUUUACUCUUGCCAACAAUUCAGCUGGUUUUCAGCAACUUCUACCUAGGAAUUGCACUUGGUGCAUUAGAGCAUGGCUCCAAGUAUACAGUUUCCAACACGCGGGCCUGGCCAUUUGGAGGUGAUAAUAAGGAACAGGGAACAGAUGAGUUCUACAUCCUCUCCACAUACGGUAACUUCUUGGCACAUCUCCGCGCCGCGACAGCACUGGCAGACAAAGCUGGAUCAGAAGUCGAUACCGUAUAUGGCAAAUACGGAACACAACGCUCUGGGCUUACGGCACGAGAGCGUGGUGAGCUUGCUGAAUGGGUGGCUAGCGUCAAGGUGGUGACAACGGACACAGGUUUACGUGUUACGUCAGGUGUAUUCGAGGUGACCGGGGCAAAGUCUACGGCGACAAAUAUCGGUUUGGAUCGUUUCUGGAGGGAUAUCCGAACGCAUACGCUGCAUGAUCCAGUAUCGUACAAGAACCGGGAGCUUGGGCGUUAUCAGCUGCUGGACGAGGUGCCUGAGCCAACCUGGUACACCUAA